AUACGGCGGCCGGGGGCGCCUCUCCGUCCGCCUCUUCCCGGCGGGGAGCGGGGCGCCGCGGAUGCCCCCCGCCACGCCUCCCGCCCGCCGGGGCGAGGGGGAGACGCGGGUUUCGUAACCGCCUGCCCUGCCCGGCCCCGCCGCCGCCGGAGCAGGGCUCUGCCGCCGCCGCCGCCGCCGCUCCGCCGCCCGGCUCCGCUCCGCUCCGCUCCGCUCCCCCCGCGGGGAGGUGAAGGCAGGCGCGAUGCGAGGUCCAGGUACUGAAAGGUUCAGGUCGGAGGUUCUCCUGUGCUCUCCCUAGCCACCACCUCAUGCUGCCCUGAGGAGAAGCAGCGGUGGGAAGAUGGGCGCUGCCCCUUGGCUGUGAGGCACCAAGGUGAAGCUCCUUGCGAGGCCCGCCCUGCCUCCCUGCCCUGGCCGCCAUGGAGACCUUGUCCCAGGACUCUCUGCUGGAAUGCCAGAUUUGCUUCAACUACUACAGCCCCCGCCGGCGGCCCAAGCUCCUGGACUGCAAGCACACUUGCUGCUCGGUGUGCCUGCAGCAGAUGAGGACCAGCCAGAAGGACCUGCGGUGCCCCUGGUGCCGCGGGAUCACCAAGCUCCCGCCGGGGUACUCUGUGUCGCAGCUGCCUGAUGACCCCGAGGUGAUUGCCGUCAUUGCAAUCCCCCACACCUCAGAGCACACCCCUGUCUUCAUCAAACUCCCCAGCAAUGGGUGCUACAUGCUGCCCUUGCCCCUCUCCAAGGAGAGGGCACUGCUGCCAGGAGACAUUGGCUGCCGCCUCCUGCCCAGCAGCCAGCAGAAGUCCCUGGCGGUGGUGACGAUCCCAGCAGAGCAGCAGCCGCUGCAGGGCAGCCUUCCUGCUGAGGGGGGACCAGAGGAGCCGGACCGGAGAGGCGUUGUGAAAAGCUCCACCUGGUCAGGGGUUUGCACUGUGAUCCUGGUGGCCUGCGUCCUGGUCUUUCUCCUGGGCAUCGUCCUCCACAACAUGUCAUGCAUUUCCAAGCGCUUCACGGUGAUCUCCUGUGGUUGAGGCAGGGAGGGGGUGCGCUCUCCCAGGGGUUGGUUGUUGGUGGUGGUCCGAUCGAGCAAGACAAUUCACCGCAGCUUUGCCCAGUGACUGCAGAACGCUGUGCACCGGGGCAGCGGUGCGCUGGCCCAGCCGUGGCCCUGGCAGUGCAGCGUCAGGCCUCUUGGCAGCGUGCGGAGAAAAUUACAUCCCAUGUCUGGUGGCAACGGCACUGAGGAGGACUGCAUGCGUCACCGUAAUCGUUUAUCAAAGGGACUGCAACUUACAGUGAUUUUUUUUUUAAUCGUGUUAUGAGAUUAAAGACAUCUAUGUAGCUGGUUAUACUGUAAAGUAUAUGGUAUGAGCUCUUCUCUAAACACAGUAGAUUAAAAUCAAAACUGCUCCACGUAGAAUUAACAGAGAAUUGGCGCGUGACUCUGUACAAGGUGUUCAACACCAGUCCACACAUGCGUUAUUUCUUAAUGGGGGAGGGAGGGAGACUAGUAAAACCAAGAAAUCAUUUAGCUGGUAAGGCGUUUUAUAUGUUUUAAACUGCACAGUAAUUAAACCAAGUUAGGAAGUUGUACAACAGUUUUUAAAAGGAAGAGUUUACAAGCAAUCGUUCUGUUCCAUGGUGUGUGUUUUUUGCCUUUCUGUUUUUCCUCAUUUUUUUUCAGCUACAGGGAAGUGGCAUUUCCAGCAUCUUUUAUUUGAAGGAGCUUCUGAGCCAGGAAGCAGAGUGGGCUAGGAGGAAUACCUAAAAAUGCAGCCAAAACACUUCUGCCUAACUGGCUUCACACAAAGGAUGGCUUUGAACAGUAAAUACUGGACACACUGUUUUACCUCCGAUCUGGCAGCAGGGCUUCCCAACGACCUGGCCUUCAUAGCCAUUAGUGAAGAAAUGGGUCAUGAGAAGUCCUAGGACUCAUUCCUGCAACGACAUGAUAGAAAAUCGUUGUUCUUUUUCUUUUUCUAGAGGUGGGGUUUUCUUAAUUGUUUUUAAAGACUUUAGAACUAUUUUGCCUCCCUCUUUCUUAGGAGAUGCAACUGUGCACCCAUGGAUGGUGUAACACAGAAGUUGCUCUGAGGAAGCCUCACCAUCCUGACUGAGACCAAGGACCCUUAGUGCAAUCAUCUAGUAAGAGGCAGUGACAUAGCUGGGACAAGAACCCAGGCCAACGUAACGCUCUACUGGGUGGGCUACCCCUCCUAAACCACAGUGGCUGUCCUGGUGUCAAAAUGUCUGGGUGAGCAUAGUGGAGCCUUUUCAGUCUUACAAAUGUUGGCGUUUAUAAGGACAGAUUUGAAAAAAGCACAGGAAGUGUCUCCCUCCACCUGUGAGUAUCAUGAAAUCCCAGUCCUCUGCAGUUCACUUCUUGGAAAGAGCCAAAUUCCUGAACCUUCAGUGCAGUAGCACCUUGCUCUGUGCAGUCCUGCUAGCUUUAGUAGUACUGCUUGUAAGUAAAAUAGAGCUCAGUGUGAAUUUGGGUAUUUGGCAAGGCUGAAAGCAGAAAUUUGUUUGAGAUUUAGGGAUCGGAUCAAGUGGCACAUGACAGACCUUUAAUGACAGAAAAAGCUAUUGAUUUGCAUUGGUUCUUUCUGCAAGUACAAAGCCUAACUUCCCUGAAGUGUGACCUCUUGUCAUCUACCUACUGCUCUUUCUAGUAAUUCAUAAGAGGAAAGGCUCAAUGCCAUAACACCAGAGAAUGUAAUUUUGACUAUGCAGUGCCCAAGGUGGCUCUGUAGAAGUCAGUGGUUUUCUGGUUAUGUCACAGAAUCCAGUUGCUGGUUCACAAUAAACAUUCUCAGCUAGGACCUUCUGUCAGGAGCAUAGCUCUAACUUCGUGCUGGUUUUAUUCCCCUCCAUGUUUCCAAACCGUGAUUUCUUCCAUGAUUCCUGUUAACUGAAGAAUAGCUUAUACGGUGCUUAGUAGUUCUGGCGUGUGUUGGGUCAUGUAUGGAAAGGAACCAUUGUGCUGAUUUUUAUCUACUGUCAUAUGUAUGCAUAGCACAGGAAAAGAAAAAAAUCCUCAGAUAACACAUUCAAUGCCUUUUUUUGUGCAAGGCCCACGCGCAGUACGCCUUGAACCGACCGGGCUUACAAGUAUUGUAAUUACAUGGACACCUCUCCGCAGCAUGUUUAAUUUAGUUGCAGUAGGGAGCAGCAGGAAUUGCAAAAUGUGUCUUGUGAACUUGCUAGUCUCUCGUUGCCGGUAGGUAGCCAGAUUUCUACUGACAUCCACACUACGCUGCUUAUUGUGUAAAGGAAAGCCAGUUCACAGAAAAAUCUUGCCUUUAUAACACUCUUGAGGAAGUGACCAGAUACGGGACUUGACCCUCUUCUGCCUUAUCCCCUGUAGCAAUUGCUGGGUGUACCAGGAGUGUGUGGCAUAGCUGGAAGACGCUCUUGAGGACAGCGCUGUUGCAUUUUCCACCAACUUCUGCAUUUGUUUAUCCCAGUUGUCAAUGACUGCGCAAAACUGCUAGGCAGUCAAAGAGCAGGUCCUGGAGAUACCUCCUUCUGGCUGUACCUGCCCGACUGAAGCUCUUGAGGCCGAGGUUUCUCUGGUGUUGCAGAGAAUGGCUGUCUUGAAAACGGCCCCUCUUCGUCCCUACGUGGAGGGUACAGUAUGAAAGCGAAAUCAGAAAUUAGGUUAAAAUACCACACUGCGUAACACAUUAUGCAACAAGCAGACCUGGAGUUUAUCCGGUAUUAAUGCCCUAAGUAUUAUAUUAGCAGAAUACCACCCUGUAUUAUGUGAUGCAGUACAUUGUUUUGUUAAUAUGAAUUUCCUGUACUUUUCGUGCCUGCUGAAAUGCAUGUUUGACCUAAUUUCUGAUCCAGACAUUUGCCUGCUCACAGCCUUGUGUAAGAGCAAUAAGUAAAACCUCAAGAUUUUUGUCUGCGUGCGCACGUGCAUGCGUGCGGUGUGCCCGUUCAUUCCUUUUUAUAAAUAGGAGUUCUGGAGGUGUUUUUGUUCUGGCUUUAGACUGUGGCUAUCAUUUUAAAUUUGCAGCUGCCACAUCAUGUUGGAUCACCUAGCUUUUCUGCUGACUUGUGUAGAAGUGAACUAAAUAGUUUGUUGUAAUGUACGGUGUUAAAAUGUUUCUCAAGUAUGUCGAUAGUCAUACUCAUUUAAAAAUGCAGUGCAGUCUGUCCCAUUCCUUGGUCCAAUACCUGGCAUUAAAAAGUGAUACUGCUAUAUACACCUCUACCUUUUUUUUUUUUAUUACUGUUUUUUAAAACAGCCGUGUCUUUAUAAUUUUUCACUGUGGAGAAACACAUUUGGACUGGUGUCAAAAUCAUCAGGUUUGGGCUAGUUUUUCUUCUCUGGUGUCCAGUAAGAAAUCACUGCCCAGUUCCAUCAAAAAAAGGAAGGAAACUUAGUGCUACUCCAGUACUGUUUGAGCAACCAAAAUUUAUGCCAAAACUCAAGCACCUGCAUUUUUAGAGCAAAUUACUCUGUAUGAAUGUGUAUUUAUUUACUUGUUUAAUGGGAAGGAUGUGUGUGUUGGGGUCCAGCUCUGGGGUUUUUUUUUGUGGAGGGUCUGAACUUCCAUUUUUGGCUUGUGCUUUCUUGGCAAACAGACUUUAGGGUUCACUCUGUGAAAUUUUAUUUAGUGAAUUUUAAAAAUUCAAAAUAUGCAAUUUUGGUAUGUGGGAUUUUUUUAGGAAAUUGUGUGUUCAGUGAUUGUUCAUGCUUAACCAAGAUGUAAAGGAGCCUGGAUGUUUUGUAAACAUGGAGCAAUCAUGAGUCCAAAGUUUCAUCUUUAUUAAUGAAGCUCAGUCUGAAUAAAACGUUAGCAGGAAAAGAA